UGUCUUCAAAACCCCUCUCAAAAAACCCUAGUCUCGUCCCCCUCCCUGUUCUCUCUGUCCUGCGCCAACCAUGGAAAUCGACAAUCCUCCUCCGACAGAGAAACCGGCGACAACACUACCGGCAAAGCCCAAUUUCCAACCUCUAAAAGCCCACGAAAUCUCCGACGGCCAAGUUCAGUUCCGGAAAGUCACAGUCCCACAGCACCGCUACACUCCGUUAAAAAAAGCCUGGCUUGAAAUCUACAAUCCAAUCUACGAGCAGAUGAAAAUCGACAUCCGAAUGAACCUCAAAAAACGUCGGGUUGAGCUCAAAACCCGACCCGACACGCCCGACAUCAGCAACCUCCAAAAAUCCGCCGACUUCGUUCACGCUUUCAUGCUAGGGUUUGACACGUGUGAUGCCGUAGCAUUGCUCCGUCUCGACGAGUUGUACGUUGAUUCGUUUGAGAUUAAGGAUGUGAAGACGCUGCGUGGCGAGCAUUUGUCUAGGGCUAUUGGGAGAUUGUCGGGGAAAGGAGGGAAGACGAAGUUUGCUAUAGAGAAUGCGACGAAGACGAGAAUUGUGAUUGCGGAUACUAAGAUACAUAUAUUGGGAUCGUUUACGAAUAUUAAAAUUGCUAGGGAUUCGCUUUGUAGCCUUAUUAUGGGGUCUCCUGCUGGUAAGGUUUAUUCUAAGCUUCGAUCUGUUACUGCCCGAUUGAAUGAAAUGUUUUAAUUUUUGUUUUUUUUUGAAUUAUAGAUUUGCAAUGUUUAAGUGUAUUAAAAUUUUGAGCUGAUUGGAAAAUUUUGUCUGAGAUAUGUAUUGUGACUCUGUUAUUUGUGGUCUUUAAAUUUAUGCAAUUUUAGUAGUGGAAUGGAGUAUAAUAUAUUGUAUUUGGUUUA